AUGCCUCCCUUAGCAGGCGAAGAGUGUCUGUUGACCGUUUUUGCCGACCUCCACUACUAUUUUACAGCACCAAUGUCGAAACCCCUCCACCACCGCUUCGAGAAGGGCUCUUACUUGUAUAUCCACCAUGAUGCCCCGCGGAGCAAGGCCCGCAUCGAAAUCGCCAAUAAUCCCGGGACCGCCGAUCAGGAUGCAUUCCAUGGCUUUCUGGAUAGCGUCCAUAUCCAACACUCGCUUGAGUUCCCGACUCGUUGCACGUUGACCGUGGACGGGCAAGCUCCCACCCAGCAGCAGCAGCAGCAGCAGCAGCCUCCCGCAUCAUCACAGUAUGAAUGGCGUCUGCCAAACGAAGACUCGCGCACGGGACAACCUCAGCUUCUUCGACUACACACGUUGGACAUCUAUUUUUGGACCUCCGACGAUGUCAAUCAGUUCCUGGACACCGUCGCCCGUGUUCUGUCUAGCUCUCAGCUUGAGACAGACCGAGUCGCCGCAAUCCCGCAAUCGGAUCCAUCCAUGAGCACGGUUGUCCAGCAACUCGAGAACGUGGCCGUCUCGGACCCAGCGUAUCAAAACGGACAGACGCGCAAUUCCCGGACGGAUUCUGCGUCCAUCGCUGCACCGGUCCCUCAGGGAAUCCCACAGACCUUCCCUCCACCUCCUCCAAGUGGCCCGCCGGCAGACGCCCACCCGUCACCAGGCUCUCAGGCCGAAGAAAACAAAGAACCAGUGAAUUUCACACCCCUGCCAUACAAUCCCGCCGCGCCCGCCGCGCCGGAGCCAAUCCAACAUCGCGAGAAGACCCCGCCGCCAGAGGACGGCGUCGAGGGCACGGGGCUAGUAGCUGCGGCAGCUGCCGACCAAGGUAUGCCACUCACGCCGCCGCAUCAAGUAGGCGGAGGAGGGGUGGGAGUAGGAUUCGGGCCCGUAGCACCAACAACCCAAGGCCUGCCAUACGGAGGACUCCCCGGCACAAUGGCAACGGGGUACGCAUCACCACCGCCCAGCGCAGGGCUGGCGCAUUCAAACUCGUUCUCCACGCGCUCCUCCCUCCAGAGCCCCGGCGUAGCAUCCUUUGGGCAGACGUUCCUCGCCGGCUCCGGAGCACAACCGCAGGCGGCAAUGGCGUUCGCGCCGCCACCCAAGGAACCAAAUGCCCACCUCUACGCGCAGCCCGCCGCCGUGUCUCCCCAGUCCCCGCCUCACCAGACCGGAGCGCCGCCGCCGGCGGUGGGUGGUUAUUCGAACUACUCGUACGACCAGACGCAGCCACCGCGCCAGCCCGGUUCUUCGGAAUAUAACAUCCACAGCCAGGUGUACCGGCCAUCUGAAGCCGAGGUGAAUUCUCACUCUCAGAAAUAUGCACAGCAAGCCAUGAAGAAUCCCGGGCAACGGCAUCGGAAACUGGAGAAUAAUGCGGCCCGAAUGGAGAGUGGCGUUAACCGCUUUCUGAAGAAGCUUGAGAAGAAACUUUGA